GUAAUAAUAUUGCUAAAAUCCAAACUAUAUAUAAAGUAGGGUUUCAUUCCUGAAAACUUCUCUCAAAAACCCUAACUCUGUUUUGUGUUUUUCUAACUUUCUUGGAGGCGCCUCUGCAGAUCUUUCUCUGCUUUUGCCUGCUUAACUAUGGUGAGAGUUAGUGUUUUGAAUGAUGCUCUCAAGAGCAUGUACAAUGCUGAAAAACGUGGGAAGCGUCAGGUCAUGAUUAGGCCUUCUUCAAAAGUGAUUAUCAAGUUUCUGUUGGUGAUGCAGAAGCAUGGUUACAUUGGCGAGUUCGAGUAUGUUGAUGAUCACAGGGCUGGUAAAAUUGUGGUCGAGUUAAAUGGGAGAUUGAACAAGUGUGGAGUUAUUAGUCCUCGUUUUGAUAUUGGUGUCAAGGAGAUUGAAGGGUGGACUGCUAGAUUGCUCCCAUCUAGACAGUUUGGUUAUAUUGUGUUGACAACUUCUGCUGGCAUUAUGGACCAUGAAGAAGCUAGAAGAAAGAAUGUUGGUGGCAAAGUGCUUGGGUUCUUUUACUAAGCUGUUUUUUUUUCCGGUUGACUAAGAAAGAAACUAUUCUGCCUAGGAGGAGUUUUUGGUUGUACUUUUGAACUUCUUUACAUAGGAUUAGUUCUAUUUGAUUUAUGCUUGUUCUAAAAAGCUAUUGGAUGUUCUUGACUGCAUGAGUUUAAAGGAUGAAGUCAUCUGGAGCUCGCAUUUAUUUGAAAUUAGUGACUUUGGUUAUCACGGUGAAUGGAUGAACAUCAAUCUAGACUUCGAUUAUAGUUAUACUAUGAAAUCCACAUCUUGUGGUUAUGUCA